CCUGCUGAGGCAGAGGAAAUGUUUCCUACUCUAGAGCUCAAGGGAAGGGGCUUGAUGGGCUUCAAAGGCAUCUUUGCCAACAGAAGGGUUUCAAGACUUCGCUCACUCCAGUUUGGAGGUUGGGACCCCGGGAGCUGGAGCUGAGCACAGACCUCUCUGCUCAGUCCAACAGCCCCUUCCACUUCGGGCUCCCAAAAGGAUGAGGGGAAAUGUCCCCCUUGCCUCUGUCACCCUCACAGUGUCCUCUGAAAUGGGUCUGGGCUGCUCCAAAGCAGUGCUCUCCAUCCUAGGAGGUACCUCUGGCCUGUUGAGCCUUUCCCAGCAGGAAAGGACAUACUGGACAUACUCCUGCUCCCCAUCCAGCUCCCCCUCUUGCCAGUCCUUGAGGAAACUCCCUUCUCCAAAAUUCUCUGGAGCUCUGCUCCAGCACAUCCUUCACCCUCAUCCUUCCAUCACUCUCUGGCCCAAACUCACUCCAGCCUCCACCCCUCAGCAUCUCCACUCUCUGCUGAGCACCCAAGAAGCUGCAGCUCAUCAGAAACACAUCAGGGAGCCCCCAGAUCAGACCCCAAGAAGCCGCUUGCCCCCAGCGUUUGAGGGCAAAGCUCCCGGAAGCGAAUCAUUAAAUAGAAUUAUAAACUGUGCUGCAGAAAGUGGUUGAUGCAUCUCCUUCCCAUCACCCCUGUGCUGCAAGUGAGUCAAAGAAGGAGGCAGCCAGAGCCAAGCUCUCUGUCAAUAAACCUCUCAGCAUUCCUUAGGGUGUCUCACUUCCCUCGGGAGCGCGAUGUACACGAUAUAAAAGCUCACCCAUCCCAGGGCUCCUCACUCACCCGCCGCCGAGCAUCGCACGGUUCCCAGAUCCACUGAAGGUUCCCAGCUCUGAGAUGUGCUCCAGACAAAGCUCCGGAGGCUGCCACGGGAUGUCCUCCCAGUCCAGUGGGUGCCACAGCGGGGGCUCCUCAUGCCACGGGGGCAGCUCCUCCAGCUACCAGUCCCAGGGCUCCUCCUGCUGCGGGAGCUCCUCUGGCUAUGGCCUGGGAGGGGGGUAUGGUGGUGGGUCCUCAGGAGGCAAAGUCAUCAUUGGAGGAGGAAGCAGUGGAGGAUCCUCUGGAUGCUGCAGUGGAGGAUCCAGCGGUGGCUGUGGGAUAGGGGGAGGAUAUGGUGGUGGGUCCUCAGGAGGCAAGGUCAUCAUUGGAGGUGGAGGUUCCAGUGGAGGGUGUUCAGGCUAUGGGACAGGAGGAGGGUACGGUGGUGGCUCUUCAGGAUCAAAGAGCAUCAUUGUGGGUGGAGGCAGUGGUGGAGGUUCCUCUGGAUGCUGCAGUGGAGGAUCCAGCUGUGGGCUGGGAGGAGGAUACGGGGGUGGUUAUGGUGGUUAUGGCUCUUCAGGGUCAAAGACCAUCACUGUAGGUGGAGGCAGUGGAGGAUGCAGUGGUGGCUACGGCGUGGGAGGAGGGUACGGGGGUGGAUAUUCAGGAUCAAAGAGCAUCAUUGGAGGUGGAAUCAGUGGGGGUUCCUCUGGAUGCUGCAGUGGGGGAUCCUCAGGAUAUGGCAUAGGAGGAGGAUACGGAGGUGGUUCCUCAGGAGCAAAGGUCAUAAUUGGAGGGGGAAGCAGUGGUGGAGGUUCCUCAGGAUAUGGGAUAGGAGGAGGAUAUGGUGGUGGUUAUGGUGGUGGAUCUUCAGGAUCAAAGAGCAUCAUUGUAGGUGGAGGUGGUGGAGGUUCCUCUGGAUACUGUGGUGGAGGGUACAGCUAUGGAGUGGGAGGAGGGUACGGUGGUGGAUCAUCAGGGUCAAAGACCAUCAUUGUGGGAGGAGGCAGUGGAGGCUCCUCUGGAUACUGUGGGGGAGGAUCCAGCUAUGGCAUAGGAGGAGGAUGUGGUGGGGGUUCUUCAGGAGGGAAGAUCAUCGUGGGAGGUGGUGGAGGAUCCUCUGGAUGCUGCGGGGGAGGAUCCGGGGGCAGCUCCUCGGGCCAGACCAUCAUCAUCAGCUCUGGAGGGUCCUCCCAGUCCUCCCAGCAGAAGUGCCCCAUCGCCAUCCCCAGCAUAUCCCACCAGUCCAAGCAGAGCUGCUGCUUCCCCUCCGGCCAGAAGUGACAGCUGGGGCAGCUCCAGGUCCAGCAGGACCAGCUGAGCCUCUGCUGGGGCACCUCCAGACCUGGCUCUGAUUGCCUGGUCCUUCCCUUGUGUCCUCUCCUCUUCCCUGGAUGCUGCAUCCCUGUGCUGAGAACGCCAGGACUUACCCCGUGCCCUGCUGCUGGUGUUGGGAGGCCUUUGAUAACGUUGUGCUGCUUUUCCAA